AUGUUCUCCGAGACGCUUUCUAUCAGGAAUUUUCCGCAUCAAAUGGACAAGAAAUCAUCCCGAACAUUGAUGCUUAUCCUUACCACAUUCACUUAUCUCUUACUUGGAGCUGCAGUGUUCGAUUGGCUUGAAAGUGCUGAAGAUCGCCGUCUGCGGGAUGAGAUCUCACAUAUCAAAGGAAACCUGCAGAAAAAAUAUAACUUUACUGGACGAGAUAUGGAACUGUUUGAAAUCAUAAUCCAUAAGAGCAUACGACAUCGAGCUGGGUAUCAAUGGCAGUUUUCGGGAGCUUUGUAUUUUGCUGUUGUUGUUAUUACGACUGUCGGUUACGGCAAUUCCGCUCCGGAAACAGCCGCCGGAAAAAUAUUUUGUAUGUUCUUCGCGUUAGCUGGAAUACCUAUGGGUCUGAUUAUGUUUCAAUCCAUUGGUGAACGAGUAAAUACUGGAAUAGCCUUCUGUCUUCACAAAGUACGCCGGGCAGCUCAUCAACGUGGUUGGCAAGUGUUGAGUGAUGUGACUCCGACUCAUCUACUCAUGGUUUCUCUAUCGAUAGGAACUACAAUAAUCAUCAUUGGAACUUAUGUUUUCAGCAAAAUAGAGCGAUGGUCCUUCUUCGAAGCAUAUUAUUAUUGUUUUAUAACAUUGUCCACUAUUGGAUUUGGGGAUUAUGUUCCUCUUCAACAAGGCUCAGCUUUACAAGCUCGACCAGGAUAUGUCGUUUUCAAUCUUCUUUUUGUAAUUGUUGGUUUGGCGGUGUUCUCUGCUUGUGUUAACCUUCUUGUUCUUGGAUUUAUGGCACCUAAUGCUGACGAAGUAACGGCAGCACAGCGAGAGCCAUCUGCCGGAAUAAUUCUGGAAAAGUUCGCAAGGUCAGGAAGCUUAGUUGAUUCACAACUAUUUGGUGUUCGAAGACCAAGUGUUGCUCCACAAGGCAAGCGCAAUACGCGACAGCUCUCUCUUUCAUCCGCUUCAAACAUAAUGCAUUUCGAGAAGCCAAAAGAGAAUAUAAGGUGGUUCACAAGGUUUUUCAAUCUUUUCCGAGAACCGGAAAGACCGUCAUUCUCGAUUGUUCGACCGCCAACUAGAAAUAUUAGUCAUUUAUUAUCUUAUUAA